AUGGAUUUUGGAGCUUUGGAACUUAAUCAAUCACAACAACUUGAUAUAACUCGUGGUGGCAGUGGCAAUGGUACUAGUAUGAAUAAUAAUGGAGCUUCUAUUCAACUGAUGGAAUUGACAAAUAAUACGCAUAUAGCUGGUCUAUUUCAACCUGUUUAUCCACUUUCUAAAAAAGAUAUUUUCAUUAUCAGAGCUUACAAAAUAAUCACCAAGGAAUCUAUCUUAAACAGCAAUCAUAUCCAACAAUCACUAAAUGUAGUCACCAAAUCUAAUGUAUCAUCAAAGGAUUCUAAGAAUCAUAAUAAUAAUAAUGGUAAUAGUAAUAGUAAUAGUAAUAAUAAUCGGAUUAGAGGACUGGUUGUGCAUCCUCAAUAUUCUAAUACCUUUGAUAAAAUUUCUAAAAUUUUUAAUUCACUCCUGAGUAAAGGUACCAUGGGUGAUGAUACAAUAUCCACCAAAUCCUCAAUUGAACUGUUUCAAAGGUUUCAGCAGAUUAUUAAAGAAAUAGAAUUGAGUUUUGAUAAUUCUCCCUUUUCGAAAUAUUUUAAUAAAAUAAAUGACACCCUUUUCCAAAUUAAAAACAGUAGGGAACUUAGAGACGAUCUUCAUUGGAAGACUUUAUCAGAUGAAAUAUUAUCAGUUUAUAAUCCAAGAACAGGUAGAAUGAUAAAUCAAGGUAGAAAGAAAAAUAAUGCAACCACAAAUAAUUCUAAUAAUACUAUUAUUACUGCUAAUAAUAAUAAUAAGAUUAUUGCCAAUAACAGGAUUAAUAAGGAAAAUAAGAGAACUUUUGUCAUUGAUAAUUGUAUUUCUAACUCUGCUACUAAUAACUAUAAUAAUGCAAAUUGGAGUAAUAUCAGUAGUCAACAAGAUAUAAAUACUAAUAGUACAAAUAGUACUUUAGAAGAUGAAUUCAUUAAUAUGACCACAGACUUACUAAACUCCACGAAUAGUAUUGAUAAUGGUGCUAAUAAUGAUAUUUUGGCGUUGCAAAAAAAAUUAAACAACACUUUGUCUAAUGGAAAUGAUAUCCACAUUAAUGGUAGCAACAGCAACAACAGUAAUAACACUAACGCUAACAACAACAUUCAUAAUAAUAGUAAUAAUAUAACUACAAAUGUAAGUAGGUCUAUACAUGGACCUUAUACACAGCCUACCAGUCCAAAUAUAUUGAAUAGUUUUACAUUUCCUCUUGAGUCAAACACCAUAAACAAUGAUACAAAUCUUGGAGAGUCACAACACCAACAACAAUUUCACCAACAGAAUCAAAUGAUUAGUAUCAAUUUGGAUUCUACAAUGACAAAUAAUUCAAUACAAAAUACUAAUCAUCGAAAAAGAAGGUCUCUAGGCUCUGUAAAUCUAGAUUCUUUAGAUUCCAUUGGAAUGAAUGAUAUAUUAAAAUAUACUAAUGCUAAUAAAAGGCAGAGACUAAAUGAAAUGCCUCAAACAAACAAGCAAAUGUCAACAUUGUUAGAUAAUACACCAAAUAGCAUAGUAAGUACAGCAACUAUUACAAACACAAACAACUCAACUCAACUAAACAGAAUUGAUAAUACAAAUAAUACAAGUAUGACAGAUGAUAUCGUUAAUAAGCUUGAUGUUAAUAAUGCAUUGUCUUAUGGAAAAACCAGUAUGAUGUUACAGCAAAUGGAUCCUGACUUAAAUGCUAUUGCUUUGAAAACAAGUAAUAAGACAAUGGGGCCAGUUGAUUUAAACAUUUUACAAGAAGUGAAAAAUUCGUAUUCUACUAUUUUAGAUGAAAAAGACAAAAGAAUUCGAUCUUUAGAAAAUGAGAUAGCUUUACAAAGACAGGAAACAAUGUGGUUAAGAAAAAUGCUGAUUGAGGAUAUGGGAUGUGUAAGGAAUUUAUUGAAGGAUAUGACAAAUAAGUAA